GUGUGCAUAAGCGACGUACAGCAUGGGAUGUACCAAGAAAGCUGCUUAGAAGAUGAGCUACCAGCAAUUUUCACGUUUAAAGGAAGAACAAGAGAAAGCAAUAAUAGAAACAAACAUAAAACUCGAAAAAUGGGAACAGUUUAAGUCCGAUUAUGAAGCAUUAAAAACCAGACUUAAGACUCUUCCUGACAAGGUAUCGCAUGAUGUGAUGGUUCCGUUUGGUUCUUUGGCGUUCAUGCCGGGAAAGUUGGUACACACCAAUGAAGUACUGGUGUUGCUAGGCGACAACUGGUUUGCUGAACGUUCGGCUAAGCAGGCAGCUGCCAUUGUAGGCCGUCGUUUGAAAGAUGUUGAAUCUCAAAUAGACGGACUAAAACAACAGAAAAAGAUUUUGUCACCAAGAUUGGAAUUUACAACAGAUCUUAAGAAAUCUGCUGUGGAACAGGGUGUGGUAGACAUUACAGAGGAAUAUGAUGAAAUGAAGGAGAAACACUGGAGAGAACAACAUAGGAAAAGGGUACAGGAACUAAAGAAGAAGAAGAAAGUAUCCAAAGAUAAGGAUGGUGGAUCAGUGGGCCAGUCACAAGGUCAGGGACAGCCAAUCACAGACGAGCAGCUCUGGGCCAGACUGGACGAACUAGAAAGGAUAGAAGCAGAAGGGAACGAGUUACAGAUGUUGGGUACAGAAGAUGAGGUCUGUCUCUCUCUACCUCCACAAAGUGAUGAGGAUGAAGAUGAGGAUGAAGAGAGUGCCUUAUCCACCUCUGAUGGCAGUGAACAGGAGGAUUCUAGACGUAUCAGCUUCACACACACCAAGGUUGAUGAAACUGAAGAAAAAGAAAAGGAAACUUCAGGUAAAAUCGAGAGCCCAAGAGACAUUUACCAACAGUUUUGUGAUUCAAAGCCAAAAUCUAUACUUAAAUCAAAUACAACAGAUGGAGGGCAGAAAGCAAAAGUGAAGAAAAAAGUGAAAAUGAAAGAAGAUAUCUCAGCCGAGGAGAGUAGGAAAGGGCGAGGAAUGGGUCAAGGUCCUUUGGCAUUUUCUGGUACUGUCAUAGAGAAGAAUCAAGAUUUUCAGAUGAAAAACUUUGAGGACAAAAACUCUGAUAAAUCUGUUUUAAAUGCUGGAGAAAUAAAACACAGUAGUGAUAUACGCAGACACUGUACAGGUGAGGCUGAAGUUGGUGUGAAGGAUGACACACAGCCUAGGCGUAUGUCAAAGUUCAAGGCCGGGAGACUGAAGUAGGUGUGGACGACAGCGUCACACAGACCCAUCAUAACACAGAUCUCCUGUUGGUGUGCCAUAGUUGAUAUCUGUACUGCAUUUGUUCUUAAACUAUAAAGAAUUUUAAUAAAUACUAUACA